GGGUCAUAGUUUGGUUGAUAUAUUGCAUAUAGUGUUUUUAAACACAAACGUUAACAUGGUCGCCUAUGAGAUUUUAUUUGGUAAAGUCAUAACACCAGCCUCGCAGCAAUGGGCUUUCCUCGUCAGCAGAAAACCCGGUGAACUAUUUUCCGCAGUGCUGUGGUUAGUCGAGCGUACGUAACCAGUAGCCCCACAGUCGGAAUAACUCGUGCAAGUUUUCCUGCGAUGUUAUAGAAAGACACAGCGACCUACUCAAACUGUUCAAGCAUGCUGUCCUGGGCACGCAACUCUGCUAACAGAUGACAACAGCGCCGAGUUCUGACACACCACAGAUGACAACAACGCCGAGUUCUGACACACCACAGAUGACAACAGCGCUGAGUUCUGACACACCACAAGUUCUGUUUAUGCCACCUGACCACCUACCUUACUCGAUUGUCUCCCUUUUAUUCUUUUUCCCGCUUGGCGUCGUUGCAGUGCUGGAGGCAUUCAAGGUGCGCAACGCGGUUAAACUGAAUGACGUCACCUUGGCCCGACAGGCGUCCGACAAAGCCGCCAAGUAUGCCAUGGCCAGCAUCCUCGUGGGCACCAACGUCAUGAUGGCGGCCACAUGCAUCGUCCUCUGCGUCUUCUACCAGUCCUGAAAGUCAGCACCACGUCACAGGGAAACCUGGUUUCCAUCAAAUGUGCAACACGUCACAGAUUAACGAACAUCGAAGGAAAUCAAAGCAACGACUUUAUAGGAACAUGUUGCAGACGAUGUUUAACGUCGAGUGUAAAAAAAAAGAAAAAAAAAGAAGAAAAAAAAAAAGACAUGCGCAGAAAAAUAAAGGGGGCGAGAAAAGCGAUGUAGAGAGUGGUGCGCAGCACUCUCAUAUAACGACCGGCGAGAACACUGCUGCUUUCGUUACAUAUUUGAUAGAAACCAGGUUUAACAGUGUGUUACUUGACAUCACUGUCAAACAGGAACAUUAACAGUUGAGAACAACACUGUAACAUUGUGGUGACUGUUCUGCGUGAUAUCUUGUGAUCUCAGGAUGUUCGUGUUUUACGUGGCGUCACAUCAAAACUUCACCGGUGGAUUACCGUACUACGUGACAAAUGGGUGUACACAUCUUACGUGAUGUAAUCGCAAAACAGUAACGAUGGAGUGUACCCAGUUUUCGUGAUACCACAAAACAGUAAAAAAGGAUGCACGCAGUUUUUGUGACAUCACUACAAAACAUUAAAACUGGAGUGUAUGCAGUUUACGUGAUACCACCACAGAACAGUAAAAAUGGGGUGCAGGUAGUUUACAUAUCAGAACAAGACAUUAACAAUGGGGUGUAUACGCAAUUUACGAAGUAUCAAUACUAAACAAUAGCAAUGAGGUGCAGAUUGUUUACUUGGUCUGGUGCUUAUAAAAUUUUCAGCCUAGACUCGAGACUCAAGAGACACCAGAGACACUAACGUUAUGACAACGCCAUAAAACAUUGUAUGCGUAUGACGUCAUUAGAGAUAAGUCUGGACUCUAUAAAAGUUUUAUAAGCACGGGCCCAAAUAUCACCACAAAAUAGUAACCGUGUUUUGUGGCAGUACAAACAGUAUGAACCAACACAGGACUAGAACACUAAAGGCGACGCUACACGGUACAACUGCUUCGUACGAGAAUAGUCGACUGCAGUACAAUGGAUGAAAUCGUAAUGUUGUCAAUCGUCUAUUGUCGUUGCUAUUCUCGUACGAGUCACUCGUAUCGUGUGGCGUGACCUUAAUGUUUACCAACGUGUUGAACACUCAACGACCUUGUUACGAAACGUACCGGCCUCGGUGGCGUCGUGGUUAGCCAUCGGUCUACAGGUUGGUAGGUACUGGGUUCGGAUCCCAGUCGAGGCAUGUUUUUUUUUUAUCCAGAUACCGACUCCAAACCCUGAGUGACUGCUC